CGCGGCGUAAAACAAGUUGGGAGUCAAAAAAAAUCCGAUAAAAUGGAGGCAGAAUUGACUUGUCCAGUUUGUAAAAAGCCGUUUGUCAGCCCUAUCGUCCUUCCUUGUUCUCACAGCGUUUGCUUGAGUUGUUCGCAAACACUGGUGACCACCGCCAGUGGAGAUCUUCCGACUUCUGGAAAUGGUAGCGAAGAAACACCUUACGUUACUUUGUAUGACGUGAAUACAAACCACUUGUACCAAAGCAUCGGAAAUCUUCCCUGCUUAAGGUGUCCAACGUGUAAAAAGCUCUUUCCUCUUGACAGCCGAGGGGUGAGCAGUUUUCCGCGAAACCACCUCUUGGAAAAUAUUGUCAAUCGCUUUUAUGCAAAAUCUAAUGGAAUUGUUUAUUGUCAACUUUGCGACGAAAACCAACCUUCCCAGGCUAGUGUAAUGUGUGAACAAUGUGAAGUUGCUUAUUGCGAUCGCUGCUGUAAAACCUGUCAUCCUAGCCGUGGACCACUCGCGAAACAUUCCCUUGUCGCCCCUUCGAGGUCAAAAUUACCGCACAAGCCGACAGUUCUUAAAUGCGGGAAUCACAACGAAGAAAACAUAAGCAUGUACUGUGUCUUCUGUCGCGUUCCUGUGUGUUAUGUGUGUUUGGAGCGAGGACAGCACAGCGGACACGAAGUUAAGGCUUUAGGUGCGAUGUUCAAAGAGGAGAAGGUAGGGGAUGCCUAAAAUUUGCAUUUUGUCUUUCCCCUCGGCGAUCUGUCAUUGUACUUAGAAGUGUAUAAAAUAAUUUUUGAUGUACUUAGGGUGCGCACGAAAUUGAUUUUUAAAAACGUUCCAUCGUGUACCCCGUGUUGAUUUCAUUUCUGACCAAAUUAGGCCUCGGUAUGUAAGUCGAUGAUUAAUUCGCUACACUGUAGCUCUUUAUGAAUUUAAUCUUAAAUGUAAGGCAGAGUUGAACUUUUUGCGAGCUAGAUCUUGGCUGGCAUAUGCAAAUAUCGCUUGAUGUGAAUAUUUAAUUAAUGCCCGUGUGAGUGAAAAUUUUGGAAAAUAGAGAUCCCUUGACAUUCUUUUUUUGAAGCAUAAUAUCGUUUUUUAAGGCGUCAUAAAAAGGAAAUGAGAUUAUUUUUUUGUUUUAUUAUUUUUUCCCAAAAAUUUUGAUAUGUAAGAUUAAAAAAAAAAUAAAAAAUGGCUUUCCUUGAAAUACCGUAUGUACCUUUCGUGAUCAUGAUUGUAAGGUCAUAUUCAGAGAAGAAGUGUCUUUUUAGCAGUCUAAUACCAGAAUUAAACUGCCGCAGAAAUUUGAUAUUAAACUUUUUGUAUUCAUAGUGCUCGUUAUACCCUAGGAGCUGGCCAUCUUGAUGUAUCAGAGAUUUCAGUUUUCAUUUUUCUGUUUGAACAGAAUACAAUAUUAUUUGUUAGGAGACACGGUGCAGUACGCUGGUUCUUGCUUGAAGAAAAAACAAAAUCAACGUGUCAAUUUUGUUUUACGUUUUUUUUCAAAACUAAUGAUUUUUACAAAAAAAGCUUAUACUAUCCCAAAAAUCAUUGCUCAAGUUAUUUGGUGUACAAAAUGUAAUUUUUGUGAUAACACUUGCAAAGUUAAUUAUUCAGAGUAGAAGUGUCUUUUUAGCAGUCAAAAUGUAUCGGAUUACAAACUUGCACUGAAAAUUGAUAUGAAUGCUUUGUCAAGGCUUUUAUCCCCUAGAGGGCCAUCUUGAUUGUAUCAGAAAUUUCAGUGUUUAUUUUUCUGCUUGCACAGAAAUAAUUAUAUGGGAGAAGACAUAGUGCAACGAGUCGUGCAUAAAUAAAAUAUAAAUGUUUUCAUUUUAGGGUGUAAAGAAUACUGAUCUAGCUAUUGCAUGUGUUGAAAACAUGAUACAAAAAUAAGGUCUUGACAAUAUUUAACAUCCCUCCAUUUUUAUUGGACCUAAUGUAACAUACUGUUUUUUGCAUAACAACUUCCUGUGAAAAAGAAGAAGAAGAAGAAAAAAACCUGAGCACUGCAAAAACCGGUACAUAGCUGAUUUGAGGCUAAAAUUUGACCAACAGCAGCGCUAAACAUUAUUACUAAAUAAAUGUAGUUUAGUGUAAAUCUCAGUCAGUAAUUGAAAUGUAAUCAUUUCGAUUCAGGGUGAACUUUUGGCAAAUAUGAAGUUACUGGAUGGGAAGAACAGCGAAUUAAGGAACUUCAUCCAACAACUGAAUGGGAAUUGCUCAGUUAUUCAGGUAAAAAUGAUUUACCUAAGGUAAAAAAAUUGUACAGUCUUCUUGCACAGGUAACCCAGGCUUGGAGAGCUUUGUAUCAAACAUUGUACAUGAUUGUACUUUGAGCACCAUAUGCUUUUCUGUGCCAAGUAAAUAAGUAUGGUUUAUAUAUAUUUGUCAGCCUCUAAUAUAUGGACAUCACAGAUGAAAAAGAUUCAUCAAAGGCAUUUUACCUCAUAUCAGUGAAUUUUGUUUUACCGGUACUUGUUGGUGUAAUUGCUUGUAUAUAUGAACAGCGAAAUUUAAUAACUCUUUUCAUUUUCAUGGCACAGAAAAGCAUUGUGAUUCUCCAUUUCAAUUCAAAGGCUGGAUAUAGCUCGCAUUCGAAGGUUGGGGUACCUGUGCUUCUUUGAGCUAGCACCCUUCAUAAAAUUUUCCAACUGGUGGUAAUUUCUUCUUUAAAAAAUUUUUUUUGUUCUUCUCACAUUGAACCAAAUGCAUUCCAACUUACACAGGCCACCCAAUAUUGCAACGGUGGUUAUCUAGCAGAUCUAAAAUAAAGUAUUGUUGUUCUAGGAAAAUGGUUUGGAAUUUGAGGCCAGUGUUGUAGCGCAGUGUGAUGCAUUGAUAAGCUUUAUUCAACAACGCAAAUUGGGAUUAAUUGAAGCUAUCACGGCGGAGAUGAACUUAAAGAUCCAAAAGUUGAAAGAACAAAUGAAAACUUGCGAGAAAAAGUUCCAAAGUGUUGCUGGUCUUCUUCAGUAUGGUAAUGAGUGUUUACAAGAAACAGAUGCUGCUUCCUUCCUGUUGGUAAGACUGAUCAACUAUCAACUUCACCCUGAAAGUGCUCAUGAACCUAAGGGAGUGGGUGAGGGUCUCUACCUUGGAGGAGGUUGUACUAAUACAGUCAAACCUCCACUAUAAUGGCCAUCACUCCACAAUGGCCUGUGCUCUACAACAGCCACUUUUUCUGGCACAGUCCAUACAUUGACUCAUGUUUAAACCUCUCUACAAAGGCCAAUUUCUUCUGUCCCCAAGGUGGCUUUUGUGGACAGGUUCAACUGUAUUUUUCCCUGGACUAGUCACGAUGAAUUAAUNCUUUUUCUGGCACAGUCCAUACAUUGACUCAUGUUUAAACCUCUCUACAAAGGCCAAUUUCUUCUGUCCCCAAGGUGGCUUUUGUGGACAGGUUCAACUGUAUUUUUCCCUGGACUAGUCACGAUGAAUUAAUUUUAUUAAGAUAAUUAUUGAUAGUUAAAGGCGUCUUUGGUAACAAUUUGGGCUAAAAUUAAUGGUUAGCACUGCAUACACACAUAAUAAUGCUUUAUUUAAUGACAUGCUGUACUUCAUCAGUGGCCAAAUAGAUGGAUCCAAAUAUUAAGUAGCUGCAUGUGUAUAAAGAGGCAAGAGUAACAUAUUGUUAAAUGCCAAGAAUUUGAGAUAAUUAUGAUCAUUUAUUUUUAUUUUUAGGUUGCAAACUCUUUAAAUAGCAGGUGAGUACACAUAUACAAACAACUAAUAAAACUAUUUUAAUAAAAAAAGAUAUAAUUUCUAAAAUAUUGUUUUACAUUUAUUUCCAUUAAGUUGUCUUUUUUGGAAGUAAAAGCACCUGUUUUGUCUUUAAUGUAAAGUGAAUUUUAUGUCAGAAUUACAAGCCUUGCCAAUCAAUGGUCAAAGGAAGUAAACCUGGAGCCAAGCACAAAGGUAGAGCUUGACCUGACUCUAGACACAGUAGCUGUGCAACAGGCUCUUCAUGAUCUGCACUUUAUUGAGCUUAAAGGUGAGUGCAUACAAACUCUUAACCACCAAUUAUAAGUCAACUCUUCCUAAAUAAACAUGCUUAUAUACGACUUACAGGUCCCCCCUCCCUAACAUUGACACCUACAGUUGGUCUCACUAGUAAGGGAGGAUUGGGAGUUGGAGCCUUAGAGAAAAGGGAUAUGGAAGGGGGGAGAGGAAAGGGUAAGAGGUGGGAGACUUCUAAAAGGGUGGGAAGCAGGAGAAUUAAAGGGUAAUUACACAACAAUGUUUAAUAUUUUACAAUAUAUUAUUGAAAAAGGGCUGUAAGAUUUGGACUCCCCUAGCUUACCCUUCUGUUAAGGGCAGAUACAGCAGUUUCUAAGACGGACAUAAAUGAUGGUCUCAACAGCAGAGUAGAUUUUAGAGAGUUGACUGUUAAGUAUUAUAGUUUUAUGUGACUAAAAAAAAUGUGGCCUUGAAUGAUUCAAGUGACACAUGCUAGAAUUUUUUAAAUUAUGUGAUUCUGGGAUUAUUCAAUAUACUUUCUUCAAGUCAGCUGCUGGAAAUCCCAACUUCUGUCUCAGCCUUUCUGUUUUAAAAUAUACACUUGGUAACAAUAUGACACUGUUUACUUUGUUUCACAGCUCCAAUGGCCCCAGAAAUAAUUCCAGACAAAUGUACUGUCACAAACAAUGCUAUAAAAUUGUCUUGGAAACCACGUAAACAAAGCUGUGUUGAUGGAUAUGUGGUUGAAGUUGAUGAUGGUACAUCAAGCGGCAAAGAGGACAAUUUUUUGCAGGUUUACAGAGGUGAUAAUUUGGAGUGUACCAUAUCUGGUCUUCAGUUUAACUCGACGUACAGGGCCAGAGUUAAAGGGUUCAAUAAAGCUGGAGAGGGAGCUCCAAGUGACGAGGUCUACCUCACCACAUCUGACAGUAAGCAGACCACUUUCAUUUAUAAAAAUUUUAUUUCUCCUUUUUCUGAGCAUCGUGUUGAAGUCCCAAAUUUGGUAAAUGUUUGCUAGCAUAAGUAAAUUACCAUUAACUUAAAUCCAAGAAAUAACCAGUAAUUAAAAUACUGUACUCUGUAAUUGUUGUGGCUGACCUUGGUAACAUGACUUUUCCUAAGUUGUGUGCCAUUUUCAGUCAGGUUAAUCUUUGUGAACACAAAAAAGAAAAGAUGUGCACCUUAAGCUAAUCUGGAUUCUGAAAUUAUUGAGGGAUGGUAAUAAUGUACCCAGAUCUCCCACAAUCAGAAGCCCAAUGACAGAUGCAAGUUAAUUAAGAAGUUAGAGGAUGAUGGAGUUACCUGCCAAACCCCUUUCUAACAGAGAUAUAGAUUUUGCUCUGAGACAACUUAUUAACUACAAGUACCCAAAUUAAAUGUUGUUUGCUUGUUACCUACAGUCGCAUGGUUUGCACUGGAUCCCUCUACUGCCCACCCAGACAUAGUCUUGACUAAUGACAACACCACCACAACAUGUACCAGCUUUGACGACAGAGUUGUUCUCGGUAACAUUGGUUUCUCACGAGGCUGCCAUUAUUGGGAAGUUACCAUAGAUAGGUAUGAUGGAAACCCAGAUCCCGCUGUUGGUGUGGCACUGGGCAGUACCAUCAAAGACUCCAUUCUUGGUAAAGAUGACAAAGCAUGGUGCAUGUACAUUGAUAGCAGUCGCAGUUGGUUCCGCCAUAACAAUGAGCAUUCCAAUCGCCGUGAUGGUGGAGUAGAUGUUGGAUCUGUUAUUGGAGUGCUAUUGGACAUUCCUAAUCACAAAGUGACUUUUUACUUGAAUGAUCAGAAAAGAGGGAUGAUGCGAUUGCCAGAUAUCCCAGAAGCUUUCUAUGCAGCAUUUAGUUUAAGUCGAAAUGUACAAAUUACAUUGCAUACUGGGCUUGAGCCUCCAGAAGAUGCUUACAAUAACAGCAAGUGAUACUUAAAAUGUUAAGGGAAAAUGGUGCCCUAAAUUAUUACUAUAUUAAAUUAUUUUUAAGAUACUGUUAUUAUAAUUUUAACUAGUUUAUAUUUUAUUUUAAAUAUAAUUAUUUAAUUGCUAUCGUUAAGUGUAGAUAAUUUAAUUUAUAAAGUGUGAAGAAAAUAACACUUUGUACUUAAUCCUUUGUACCUAAAUCCUUAAUCUUUUCUGCAUAGGGAGUGAGGUCAUCAUGAUCAACAUUCAAAGUAUGCUGUUUUCAUGAUAUUGGCCAGGCAUGAAAUGUUUUGAAAUUAGAAAACAAAAUUGUCACAACUGAUUAAUGCAAUAUUAAUUGAAACAAAUGAUGAGUUCAACAAGUGAUUGUCAUUUAAUGAAGUAACCACAAGGUUCGUACAGAUUUUUGGAUGCAAAAUUUAAGACUUUUCCCAGACUUUUUCCAAAACAAUAAUUUCUUUUUCCAGUGGUUAUAAUUCGAGACCUUAAAAAAACAGCAGGAACAAAGCUUUUUUUAUGAUGCACUGCAAACAUACAGGCACUGAAGACUGAGUAAGAUUUGAGCAAAACGAAAAAAAUGUCCUUUAUAAAACACUUGUUGUAGCUUUCAAAAAAAAAACCUUGACUUUUUAUCGUUUUUCAAGACUUUAUCUCUAUUUUCCAAACUUUUUCCAGGUCUGGAAACUUGCUGGACAAAUUUCAAGACUUUUUCAAGAAUUCAAGACUCUGUACGAACCCUGUAACUAGUAAUGGUGAAGUUAAGUGUUCAGUCAGCCCUCCCUUGAUGAUGAGCAGCAAUUUGUACCCCUACAUUUGAAGUAAAAUUCACCAUUUGACAAAUGACAAAAAUGAAUACGAUAUUACUAGUACUUUCACUGAUGAUCGUGGGUGAAACCUUCCUAAAUUACAUAAUGUAGAAAAAACAUGGAGAAAAAUUAAAAUAUGGUGUAGGGUAAAAGCUUGUUUCUUUUUACUGUCUGCCAUUUCUGCAUUUUGCUUUUUAAUGUCUCAGUUAAAGUAACAAUAUUUUUACCGGUUACAAGUACAUAUUUUAUGUUUUUAAAAGGUUGUUAUAAUAUAACUAC